CAGGAUAAAAUGGCCGACAAUGAUAAAAGUAUAUAUGGUUGAGUUUAUCGACCAUUUUGUCUCGAAUGCUGAGAGAUCUUCUUCUAUUGUUCGUCGUUCGGUUUAUUUCAUUCCAUUAAUCACAAAACAAAAUACUUGAUAUUAAAAGUGUUUUUCAUUCCGUUUUUCAUUUAUUUUGUCGUCGAUUUUAUAAAACAUUUUUUAUAUUUUUUUUAUAAAAUAUAAAAUUUUUUAAAAUAAUGAAAGGACUAGUUGCUCUUGUAACUGGUGGUGCUUCUGGACUAGGAUUUGGCGUUGUACAAAGAUUUAUAAAAAAUGGUGCUAAAGUAGUUAUUGCAGAUUUACCAAUAUCUAAAGGAAAUGAAAUUGCUAAUGAACUUGGAGAAUCUGUUACUUUUACACCAGUAGAUAUAACAUCAACAGAAGAUGUAAAUACUCUUGUAAGUGAAAUAAGUAAGAAGUUCAAAAAAUUAGAUGUCAUAGUAAAUGCAGCAGGAGUAGCUGUUGCUCACAAAACAUAUAAUUUUAAUACAAAUUUGCCACAUGAUUUAAAUCAAUUCAACAAAGUGCUUAAUGUAAAUGUUACUGGAACAUUUAAUGUUAUUAGAUUAAGUGUACCACUUAUGUAUAACAACACACCAGAUAAAGAUGGAUUUCGUGGAGUAAUAAUUAAUACAGCAAGUGUUGCAGCAUUUGAAGGACAAAUUGGUCAAGUAGCAUAUUCUGCCAGUAAAGGUGCAGUUGUUGCAAUGACUUUACCAUUAGCUCGAGAUCUUGCUAAUGUUGGUGUUCGUGUUGUUACAAUUGCACCUGGAAUAUUUGAUACACCUAUGCUAGGAAAUUUACCAGAAAAAGUGCGUCUUUACUUAAUGAGAUCAGUACCGUUUCCAAAGAGAUUGGGUACUCCUGAUGAAUAUGCUCAAUUAGCUCAACACAUUGUUGAAAAUUCUCUUCUCAAUGGAGAAGUGAUAAGAUUAGAUGGUGCUCUUAGAAUGCAACCUUAAAUAAAAUUGUUUUGUAAUUUUAUAUAAAUAUGGAAUUGGAUAAAGAGGAAAAAUAUGGAUAUUGAAAUGAAAAUUGUAUAAAAAUAGACAAAAAUGUAAUAAAAGAGGAAUAAAACAAUUAACAUUUUCUCAUGCAA